AAGAGAGGACCAAACACGCCUCUUAUCUAAUCAUCAUCUACGAAAUAAAUUAUGGUACUACGCUGUUUUUCUGAGAAGGAAGAGAGAGAGGGAGAAGAUAAUUAGUAGAGUAAUAUUGUGAAUUUCAAGGCGAAAGGGUACGGCACAGACCCCGCUUUUCAGGUUCGCCAGGUAAAACAUGAGUUCGUUGGAUGUCGCCAGAGCUGAGCUUGCACUUGCUGUUCUGUAUCUGAACAAGGCUGAAGCCAGGGAUAAAAUAUGCAGGGCAAUACAAUAUGGUUCUAAAUUUUUGAGUAAUGGAGAACCUGGUACAGCACAAAAUGUUGACAAAUCAACUAGCUUGGCUCGAAAAGUUUUUCGUUUGUUUAAGUUUAUCAAUGAUCUCCAUGCUCUCAUUAGCCCAAGUGCCCCCGGAACUCCACUCCCUCUAAUUUUGCUGGGGAAGUCCAAAAAUGCACUCUUGUCCACUUUCUUGUUUCUGGAUCAAAUCGUGUGGUUAGGUAGGACAGGCAUAUACAAGAACAAGGAACGUACAGAACUAAUUGGGAGGAUCUCUCUUUUCUGCUGGUUGGGGUCUUCAGUUUGCACCACACUGGUUGAGAUUGGCGAAAUUGGAAGGCUUUCAGCAUCAGUGAAGAAGUUGGAGAAAGAACUGAAGAAUACUGACAAAUAUAAGAAUGAACAAUAUCGGAGCAAGCUUAAAAAAUCAAAUGAGAGAUCUCUGGCCCUAGUUAAAGCAGGCAUGGAUAUAGUGGUUGCAGUUGGCUUGCUUCAGCUGGCACCCAAGAAAGUCACUCCUCGUGUGACGGGUGCCUUUGGUUUCGUGAGCUCUCUCAUCUCCUGCUACCAGUUGCUACCAUCUCCAACGAAGGCCAAGGCUCCCUGAAGCGAGCUUACCUAGUGAAAGGGCCUCAGUGCAGUGAAACAAUUAUUUAUACAUAGGAGCUGGAUGAAUUGGAGCAGUUUGCGAACAAGUUGGGUUUGAUUGAAAUUUCACUUAUUUAACCCACCUUUGUGUUUCUUCAUUUUGUUCCGCACAGUGUAACAAUAAUAUAUGGAUGUCCUGUUUUAGGUUUUUCUCAGUUGAACCAAAGAAUGCCUACUAUUUAUACAUUUACGAGUAUGAUUUAAAUCCAGCAGGUUUAUCGUACA